CACGGUCGAGACCCCCGCCGACCAGGUGACCGUCCCCCACCCUCAGCGCGUGGCCAUUCUCGGCUCCGGCAAUUGGGGUUCGGCCAUUUCGCGCAUCAUCGGCACCAACGCCAAGGCCUAUCCGCACCUCUUCGUGGAGGAGGUCCGCAUGUGGGUAUUCGAGGAGACCCUGGCUGAUGGAUCGCUUCUGACCAAGACCAUCAACGAGCGCCACGAGAACACGAAGUACCUCCCCGGCUACUCGAUCCCGGAGAAUGUAAUCGCCGAUCCGUGUCUCCGGUCGACGGUGGCCGACGCCGACCUCCUGGUCUUCGUCCUGCCGCACCAGUUCCUUCGCACCAUCAGCCGGCAGAUCACCGGCGUCCUGAAGCCCGGCGCGCGGGCCAUCUCCCUGAUCAAGGGCCUGGACACGCAGGGGAAUGACAUUCGCCUGAUCACCGAUGUCAUCCGGGAGACCUGCCUUCCGGCCCCGGCCUCCCCCGGGGCCGAGGUGGUCCCCAUGUCGGUGUCCGCCCUGUCUGGGGCAAAUGUCGCGCACGAGGUGGCUGCCGGGCAGUUCUGCGAGACCACCAUCGGCUACCACCAUACCACCUCCCUGAGUGAGGCCCUCGUGUGGAAGGCCCUCUUCAACACCCCGGUCUUCCGGGUGUCCUGUGUGCCGGACCUGGCCGGUGUGGAGCUCUGUGGCGCCUUGAAGAAUGUCGUGGCCCUGGCGGCCGGCUUCUCGGAUGGCAUGAACCAGGGCGGCAACACCAAGGCCGCCGUCAUGCGCAUUGGCCUGUUGGAAAUCCGCGACUUUGCGGCCCGCUUCUACCGCGGCAUUCGCCAUGAGACCUUCUUCGAGAGCUGCGGCAUGGCCGAUCUCAUCACCUCCUGUGUGGGUGGUCGCAACUGGAAGGUGGCCCGCGAGCAUGCCGCCACUGGCCAGGACCUCGCCAGCCUCGAGCAGACCAUGCUCAAUGGCCAGAAGCUCCAGGGCAUCCUGACCGCCGAGGAGGUGUACAACUUCCUCUCGGCCCGUGGCCUCCUGCACAGCUAUCCCCUUUUCACCGCCGUGCACCGGAUUUGCAUUGGCGAGAUCAAGGCCUCCGACAUGCUGAAGCACAUCUGAGAGGCACACCCUAAGCCCUGUCAUCCGGUGGGCGGUGUGAGCUACGAGAGAAGGACAUGCCCGUCCAAGCGUGCCCUCCUCACUCGCCCAUCUGUUCCUUCUUGCGCCCCCCUGUGCUGACUUGCGUGCGUGUGUGUAUGUGUCUGUGUGCCCAUGCCGGCGCACUCGGACGCACCUGCACACACGCGCACACACAAAUGCCAUAAAGAUAUCCCCCUGUCCUUGAGCCGCCCGUGCGCGCGCACACGCACGCCCGGUGCAUGGUGAGCAGCAUCAUACCUACCCGCGGUUGCCGCGUCCUCCUCUUCUAUCCUUCUCUCCCUCUGCCUGUUCCAGCACCAGACAGCCGGGUAAUGUGCAUGUGCAUGUGUAUACGGCACCCCCGCCCAUAUUUGUGUUUCACACGCACACGCCCACGCACGCGCACACACAAAUCACCGUUCCUCUGACAACCUCCGCCGCGAGGGCAAGGGAGAUGCGGAACCCCCUCUCCCCCUCCACCCGAUGAUAAUAUAUAGAGCAUAAUAUCCCUUCUUCUCCUGUCUCGCAUGUGUGCUCAUCAGCUGCCGAUACACGGACACACACAAGCACACCAGCACACAAUCAUACA